CGGAGCCGAAUAAUGCAGAGAAAUGAAAAAAAAGGCGAAAAGGCGAAAGAGCCCUGGAAGAAAGAGAGAAACUCCAAGACAACCAGGAUAGUAAUAGCCUAUUUAUGUCCUUUCGAAGGCAUUCCAUUUGAAAAACCCCAGCUUGAAAGCUGAUAUCAUAAUUGUGAGAUUGAGAGAGACGAAGCGGUAAGGGGGGGCUUUGUGAAGAUAGAUACACAGCUACAUAUUUACAAUAGGGAAGCAAUCUGUACGACCGGGGGGGUGUAGGGGGGGGGGGAUCUUGGCCAAGUUAUGCGUGCAGGAGGCUGUGCAGCGCAACAGACACUCUCCGCGGAGGCUGCCGCCGUGCUGAAGCACUCCCUCAGCCUGGCCCGGCGCCGCGGCCACGCCCAGGUCACCCCGCUUCAUGUCGCCGCCACACUCCUGACGUCCCGCUCCAGCCUCCUCCGCCGCGCCUGCCUCAAGUCCCAGCCCCCCCACCACCCCUUGCAAUGCCGCGCCCUGGAGCUGUGCUUCAACGUGGCCCUCAACCGCCUCCCGGCCUCCCCCGGCCCCCUCCUCCACGCCCAGCCCUCCCUCUCCAACGCCCUCGUCGCCGCCCUCAAGCGCGCCCAGGCCCACCAGCGCCGCGGCUGCGUCGAGCAGCAGCAGCAGCAGCCCCCCCUCCUCGCCCUCAAGGUCGAGCUCGAGCAGCUCAUCCUCUCCAUCCUCGACGACCCCAGCGUCAGCCGCGUCAUGCGCGAGGCCGGCUUCUCCAGCACCGCCGUCAAGGCCAACCUCGACGACUGCACCGCCUCCGUCUUCCACUGCUACAACCCCUCUUCCUCCGCCUCUGGCGGCAUCUACUCCACCCCCAACUCGCCCCCCUCCGCCCGCCCCCUCCCCGACUUCCUCUCCCACCAUGACAUCACCCGCCUCCUCCACAUCAUGACCUCCGCUCGCCCCAGGCGGAACGUCGUCGUCGUCGCCGACACCUCCUCCAUGGCUGAAACCCUAGUCGCGCAGCUCAUAUCCCUCGUCGAAAAGGGGGACGUACCAGACCAGCUGAAGGCGGCGCGCCUGGUCAAGUUCCAGUUCUCGGCGGUGCCGCUGGUCCUCAUGAACAAGGACGAGGUCGACAUGAACGUGGCCGACCUCAAGAGGAAGGUCGACUCCUUCGCCGCCGUGGGCAGGGUCAUCGUCUACAUCGGCGACCUCAAAUGGGCGGUGGAUCACGGCGCCGCCGUGGAUCACUUGAUCGCCGAGAUUGGGAAGCUUCUGGCUUGGUACAACGCCUCCAACAUGAAGGUGUGGUUGAUGGCGACGGCCAAUUACCAGACUUAUGUGAAAUGCCAGAUUAAACAGCCGCCGUUGGAUGCUCAGUGGGCUCUUCAAGCUGUGUCCGUCCCUUCAGCUGGCCUUGCUCUCACCCUCAAUGCUGCUACGCCUACAAGUGGGAGUGAUUCAAGAAUUGCAUUCUCAGAGAACUCAUCACCAGUUUCAGACAGGAAAGUGUUGUGUCUGAAGGAGGAAACAGAUCAUGUCCUCACAUGUUGUCAAGAAUGCACAUCAGAUUAUCAAAAGGAAGCUGCCUUGAGAUCAAUCCACCACAAAUCCUUCUCUGAUAAAGAACACUUGCCCUACUGGCUCAAACCGCAUGCCAAUCACACACUUGACAAGGAAGAUUUGGAUGAGCUGCGGAGGAAGUAUAACAAGCAGUGCCAGCAUGUGCAUCAAGGGCAUCUUGUUGGGAGGAAUGAGUGCUACACCUCAACAAAUCCAUCUUGGUUGAAUAAGGGCAGCGUGUUGGGUGAUACCGAGACGAUAUCCUUCUCGUACCCUGCUGUGAAGGCGGGCGCCAGCACUCUGCCCCGGUUCAGGAGGCAGCAGUCGUGCCACAUCGAGUUCAGCUUCAGCAAGCAGGAGCCUAAUCUGGACUCCCUGAAGAUGAUGGAGGACAAGGAGGUGAAGAUCACGCUGGCCUUGGGGAGUUCGUAUAUUGAUGAAGUCAAACACGAACACGAGAAGAGGACUGCCCUGCACCACCUGCUCAGGGAGAACUUGCCGUGGCAGCUGGAAGCCGUCCCUGCCAUCGUGGAUGCAUUGAUGAGCCGCCACAAGUUUGUUGUCCUUGAUGGGAAUGACAAUGUGGCCAAGAGGAGAGCAGCUCUUGCAGCAGCAGAGUCCAUUCUUGGCUCCUCGGAUCUUCUCCUUUCGUUUAACAUGAGAAACACUGAGAAUCGCGAGAUGCUUCAGAGGGCGUUGAGGGAUCAUGAUGGGAAGCUGGUUGCACUUGUUGAGUUUGCUGAUCCUGAGAUCAUCAGGUUUCUUGCUGAGGCCAAUCGGGAUUCCGUAUUCAUCCUCACCACGGAUGAGGCAAGCUCCAACGACACGAGCUCUGUGAUCCAGAUGAAGCUAGUUGUCCAAGAACCUCAUCAUCUUGAUCACAAGCGGAGAGCAGAGUGGGAGUUAGGGGGGGCCUUGGCCAAGAGCCGGAGGAGCAGCAAUGAGAUGGAAGAGGUGUCCUCAAAUGGGCAUGGCCUCGACCUCAACAUACGAGCUGAUGAGGGCGAGGCCAAGCUAAGCCCCAUCUCAAGUGAGAUCACAGUGGAGCCGCCCCUCACGUUCAUCAAGAAUCGCGUUGUGCUAAACAUGGGGCCGGAGCAGGACAGGGAGGCGAGGGAGGCGCUGCUGUGGGAGUUCAAGAGAGCCUUCGAUGAGACGAGUAGGAACAACAGUUUCAAUGUGGAGGAGAAGGUGUUGGAGCAAGUUUUGAAAGGGGCGGGGCUAUACGUCAACAGCUUGUUUGGGAAAUGGCUGAAAGACAUUUUCCAAACGAGCUUGAAUGGCAUCAAUUGUGGGGAGAGGGACAAGGUUAGUGUUAGGCUGUGUUUAGUAGGAGAGAGAGAGAGAGAGGGAGAGAGAGACAAGGAUGGAUUCAAAGGGACAUGUCUUCCCAAAAGGAUCCCAGUUUCUUACAUAGGUUGAAUCAAUGAAUCACCUUGUAAUAUAUUUCCCCUUUCCUAGGUUGCAAUUAGUGGUUUAAUUUCUAAUACAAUGUCUGGCUUGUUUCCAUUGCUUCA